AUGAAGAUAGAGUUAGAUAUGUUAGGUAAGAAGAGUGUAGGUAAGGUUAAGGUUAAGAUGACUCCAUUUGACGAAAAGAUUGAUUCUAUGGAUGCGUAUUUGAAUGUUUAUGAAACUUAUGCGUCUGCUCAGAAUUGGGAACAUGAAAUGUGGUCACUAAACUUACCGUUUCUGUUAAAAGGUACUGCUAGGGAGGUAUUUGAUAGGCUUCCAUUAGAAGAUAGGACGGAUUAUGAUAAGCUGAAAGAUGCUUUGUUAAGGCAGUUUGAGUUGACUGAUGAUGGGUAUAAGAAGAAGUUUAGGACUGAAAGGCCCCGUGAAAAUGAGACUUUUGUUAUGUUCCUAGCUAGAAUCUCUAGAUACUUAGAUGGUUGGCUAAGAUUGAGUAAGGUGGAGAAGACUUAUGAAAAGUUAUUAGACUUCAUAGUAAGGGAUCAAUUUUUAGAUAUCUGCAAUAGAGAACUAUAUCAGAACCUUAGUAGUAAGAAGUUGUUUUCAGCCCGUGAAGUAGCGGAAGAUGCAGAUUUGUUUGCCAAGACUAGAGGAGGUCCGAAGUAUGUAGUGAAUCUUGGAAUUAAAGAAAGAGCUAAGCCUUAUGCACUGCCGAGUAGACCUGUAGAUAAAAAUCAAGGUAGUAGUUAUCGUAUGCAAAGAGGUAACGAUAGACUGGUAAAUAGAGGUAGAGCAUCUCAGCAGUAUGAAGGUUAUAAAUGCACAUAUUGUGGUCGUUUAGGGCAUACAGCAUUUUUCUGUAGAAAUAAGGCUACAAAUAAAGCUAACGCAGCGGAAGACAUAGAACCGAACUCAAUGAAUCCAAGUAAGAAUGAUAGUUAUCAGGGUAAUAGAAGGCGAGGAGGUUAUAGAGGUAGGAGUAGAGGUAGAGGAAGAAAUAGAGAUGCAGAUUCGAAGAUUUCGAUGCCGAGAUCAGAUAGUGGUAGUAGUUUGAUAGAACUUGGGGAUUUUGAAGACGUGGGUACAGUUACUAUAAAUUCAUGUCCGACAACUAGAGGUAUAUGUAAUGGUAAAGCUAUAGUUGCAAUGAGAGAUACUGGGUGUACAUGUGUCAUAGUACGAAGGAAUUUGGUAAAUGCAAAUCAAUUGUUAGGGAAGUUCAGACGAUGUAAGUACAUUGAUGGUAGUGAGCACAGAUUAGAAAUGGCGUUAAUUGAUCUUGAUUGUCCGUAUUACAGGGGUACUGUAGAAGCACUAUGUGUAGAUAAUCCUACAAAUGAUGUAAUUAUCGGUAACAUAGAGGGUGCUGUAGAACCAAAUUUUGGUAAGUUAGCUUCAGCAGUAGAAACAAGAUCGCAGAGUAAAGUUAAAGCUCAUAGAAGACUUAAAGUUCCUUCACAGAUUUUAGACAUCACUAAUGUAGAGUUUGUAGAGAAGCAGCAGGCAGAUAGUACAUUAGAUGGUUGUAGAAAGAAAGCAGAGGAAGGUACGGUUAGAAACUGUAGAGGUAAUGGGCAAGUGAAGUUUCAGAUCAGGAAUAAGAUGUUGUUUAGAGAGUUUACGGCAGGAAAUGGUGACGUAAGUAGGCAGUUAGUAGUUCCUAAGGAUCUUAGGGAGACUGUGUUAAAAGUAGCGCAUGACUCGCUUUUGGCAGGACAUCUUGGUAUUCGGAAGACAAGUGAUAGAGUCUUAGGGGAGUUUUAUUGGCCAGGUGUUCUUGUAGAGGUUAGACGAUAUUGUCAGUCUUGUGAUAUUUGUCAACGUACUAUUUCUAAAGGUAGAAUAAGUAAGGUAACUUUAGGUAAGAUGCCUUUGAUUGAUACUCCUUUUAAGAGAGUUGCCGUUGACAUUGUUGGUCCGAUCGAACCGAUGACUGAGAGGAAGAACCGAUAUAUUUUGACCAUGGUAGACUAUGCUACCAGAUAUCCUGAAGCAAUUGCAUUGCCUAGUAGAGACUGA